AUGCCGCACCCAGUGGAAACAGAAGAACAGGUGUCCUCCAUACCGCUUCCAGUGAAAACAAAAGAACAGGUGCCCCCCGCACCGCUCAAAGUAGAUGACACCUACGUUGAACCUCCUCCGGGCGUUGACCGAAACUUGUCGGUCUUCAUUGGGAUCAUGACCGUCGACAAGAAGAUCAGCAUGAGAAGACACUUACGCAAGAUGUUUGCACAUAACAAUGCUGCCCUGGCACGGUAUCUCGGAGUCAAAAAGUCGCCUGUAACAAUUAGGUUUAUUACGGGACUGCCACGGGGUAAAUAUGUAUCAAAAUUGGAGAGAGAGUCUAAGAAGCAUGGUGAUAUAGUUAUAUUAAAUAUCACCGAGAACAUGAAUAAUGGAAAGACACUAAAAUUUUUAGAUUGGUUUGCCGAGAAUAGAAAGGACGAUUAUGUAGUGAAGGCGGACGACGAUAGCUUCAUCCACCUUAUUCAUUAUUAUCGUGACCUUCAAGAUGUGCCAAGAGAACGCGCAUAUUAUGGCAUGGCGCUAAAUUUCACUGUACCCAAAAGUGACCCGGACGUAUUAAUGUGGGGUAUGGGUUAUACGAUCUCUCGUGACCUCGUCAUGGAUAUCGUCAACUCAAGCUGGGUUCGCUCGAAUGCGGUGGGGAAUGAGGAUAAUAUGAAUGCGGACCCCCGCUUUCCCGAUGAGUCCAUAAUUAUACAUCGGCUAAAGAGUGUCGAAGCUUUUAAAAAUGUCGAGAAUUUGUAUUUCUACAAAGAUAAAUUUCCAAAGCUCUGGGUCAUUCGAAAUUCGACAACAGCGGGUCUAAUUACGAAAAAGGAGCUCUUCCAAGGAUGUUGGGUUAUGCAAGAAAAGAACCAGACGUGGAAACAGGCACUCAGCUGGACUCAAGCACAAGAUAUUUAUAAGAACUGGUUCUACGAAGCUUGGGGUUUCAAGGAGGGACGAUGGUAUGGACAUUACGGACCCGUGGAUAAGAUGUCAUAA